UUAUCACCCCGCAACGACAAAGAAUCUAAUUCUUCUUGCUCACUCAAAACCGUCUAGUUUUCCGGAUGCCGUGGACUCGCAGAAGCUAGUUACACUUAUCAACAACCGAUUCUCCACAUGGAUGGAUACCGUAUUUUCGACGGGCUAUAUGAUUUAUCAGAUCUUGUACUGGGUGCUCUUUCGGAAAACGUGCAAGUUUUGUGCCGCUUAAGAUUACGCCGUAGCAACCUGGAUGAUAAAACGGUCAAAAACAUAAUCGACUCUUGGUCCCGGAAGAAACUUGAUACCCUAAAUAUCAGUGGGCUGAACCGAGUGAACGUCGCCGAGAGGUCUUACUACAUACGUACGCACGUCAAAAGCUCUCUGAUACUUGUGUGGAAAUUGCCCUUUUCUUAUGAGCCAUUUUCCCAUAACAGCGAAUUUUUAUCAAACACGGUUGAACGCUCACAAUUAAUGUGUAUCUUCAUCAAAUUGGUAUGUAGUAUCUUGAAUUGUGGUCGGCUUCCGCCAGAAUAUGAUAGGGAAAAAAGAUGUGUCUUUUGGCUUACCCUACAUGGAUACAUAUACACCCUUGUUUACUUGUGGACCAAUGCUUUAUUUCGUCCGCCUCCUGAGCAGUAACAAUGCUGCUAUAUGUCUAGGUGGAAUGUACACAUUAUACGCGUAGAUUUAAUCAUAUUAACUGCAUAAUAUUGAUGCCAUUUAUUCCUAACAAGCCUUACUUUAGUGUCAACAAUAACAUCUUGUCAUGUUUAAUCGGUACAGUUUCCCGACUACCAAGAAACAAUUUGCACAGAGUU